UAUGUAUUCUCAAUUUAUGUAAUUUAACUUGAAGUAACGCCAUGACUGACAGAGACGAACUCACAAUAGUUGAUUUUCAAAAUUUCAAUCCGGUGGAACAUGAAGCUCCAAAACAAAGUAUGAAAGCUGUUAGUGAAAAAAUAUACGAAGCGUUAUCUACUAAAGGUUAUGUUUGCAUUCAAAACUGCGGAAUUGGAAGGUCAGAAAUUGCAAAUGUUUUUGAAAAUGCAAGCGCAUUUUUCCAUCUGGAUAACGAUAUAAAAUUGAAGUAUCGAUUGGAUCAGGAUUUUGUUGGUUAUGUACCGUUUGACGGCGACAUGAAGUUUCGUCACGUUGUUCCAAAGGGGAAAGAGGCUUUAUAUCUUACUGGGACAGGAUUCUCUUCGCCUAAUAUAAAUUGGCCUUCCGACAAAUAUACGCCAGAGUUCUCCAAAAACAUUAAACAACUCGGGGAAAAACUUCACAAACUGGCAAACUUCAUGAUGGAUAUUCUUGCGCAAGAAAUGAAAUUGCAGGAUCAGCAAUAUUUUAGAAAGCUGACUAGUCGAAUGAAUCAAUCAGGAAACUACACAAUGAUUCGAAUAAAUCAUUAUCCACCGGUUGAUGAUAAUCAAGAACUACCACAGGGAAGUUGUAGACUUGUUGAACACACUGAUCUCACUUUUGUUACAUUUAUAUUUCAAAAUACUGAAGGUGGAUUACAGAUGCUCGACAGAAAUGGUGAAUACAUAGAUGUCCCGUUCGUUUCGAAUAGUAUGCUUCUGAUCACUGGUGAUGUAAUACAGAAAUGUACCGGAGGAAAGAUUCGGUCGAUUAAACAUCGAGUUGCCGUUUCGGACGACUCAGAAACGAGAAAAGACAGAAUUUCGAUAACCUACUCCGUACGCCCCGAUAACGAGGUUCCCGUUGAAGGUAUUGAAAACGGGUGGACCGAUUUGGGAUCGAGUAACUACCGCUGGACGGCGGGCGCAAAAACCAUGGGAGAAAUUAUUUGGAACGAAGCCAAAUGGAGCUACGGAGUUAAGUCUACAUAAAGACAGGAUUGUCAAAUUGAAAAGAAUGAUAGAAUUGAUUAAAUAUUGAACACAGAUAUCAGAUUUCGGGCUAUCUAUAUAUAUAUUGGCACUUGUAAAUACUGAA